AUGAAUUCCGCUGUACUGGAGAAACUGGAGAAAAUAGAAAUGAAACUGGAUGAACUUCUGGCACAAAGAGAAAGUAGAUCCAAGCUAAAAAGGGUACAUGCUCAAUUUUCUCCACUACACAAAAACGCCCUCAGAAAAGUUCACAAGAGAAUGAUGGAGGAUUUUCAUCUUGAAUCAGAAAUAGACAAUCUUAUUCAACACGACGUCAUUGGACGGGAAACAUGGGAGGAAAUAAAAUGCCUAGGAAGUAGAGCCAACCAGCUGAGAAUGUUCUUACUUAAACUAGGGUCCUACGAUACAACGAAAUUCGAAGCUUUUCUUGACGUUCUAAAAGAAUCACACAAUCAUAUAGCAGAUGAGCUGAUAAGUUAUAUGUCCGACACAAAAGAAAAUGAUGAUAUUUUGUAUGAGGAAGACCGAAUGGAGAUAUCCUGUAUAAGAUGUGAAAUUUCCAGACGAAUACAACCUGGAGAGGUCAUCGAUGAGUUGUUCUCUAGUGGAAUCAUUGGUGCUACAGCACUUAGAAAAUACAUCGAACCGAACUCGGAGUUCAAAGGCAGUAAGGUAUGGAAGUACGUCUUUGAUAAUCUGAAAAGUUUACAGAGAAAUGAGAUUCAUGUUUCCAAAAUGAUGCAAGAAGCUCUUGCAAAGAAAUACUCUGAUAUCGCAGAAAGUCGCCAGCUUCGUUUAGAGUGUUCUUGGGACUGCACUUGUGAGGCAAUGGAUCCGUCUACACAAGGACGUCUCCACUCCAUUAGUGAUGCGAGCUCCGUCAUCGCCCGAAAAUGUGAAUCCCGUUCGAAUACCCCCGACAUUUUUUUUGAGACACCAUUUUCCACCAAGAAGUCCGAGGAAAAGUUAACUCAACCAGAAGAAAAGAUAGUUUCACCUCUCCAUACCCAGAAUCCAGAAAUUGUAGUCACUGCAGAAGAAAGUGUGUCGGGUAAUGGGGGCAGGACGGAGUCAGGGUAUUUCGAUGUAGACACUGAAGAUUCGUCUUUAAUCACUGUACCCAAAACAAUAACAAAAAAGAACUCGGAACAACUAUUAAGACCUCCCCAAACUGAAUACACCACAAGGAGCAUCAUAGAUAUUUCAAAUACUUAUCAACGAAAAGAAGACAGACAGGAUGAAAUUAUUUACAAAAACCCAUGUUUUGAUGGUUUCAUAUCUUCAACUACUAUCCAUGGUGAAAUACACCAAAAAAUUGGCCCAGAAAAGGAGGAUAUGUGGAAAACGUUCUUCCCUAAGAGAAAGUCGGCUGGUGAAUCGGGAGAGUCUAUCGUUUGA